AUGUUCGAUAAGUUUAGAGACCGCUUGCAGACCGUACAACAUGAUCUGAGCAAAGGGUAAGGAAAAUUUUUUUCAAUAACUGUGUUCAGUCUUUCAAGUCCAUGUUUAGGUGGUCGUUCAUCAGCAGUUUAACUUUAGCUAGUAGCUUAAUACACUGUGUAAUGGUGUUUUGUUUUAUUAUCUUCAACAACGUAAGAGAUCGUUGUUCUUUGUCCAUGCAGGUGGAAGUCAAUUGCUGACAAAGCUAAAGCUGUCAACAAGAAAAUAGUUCGGUGAGUUAAAAAAAAGUAAAUAUUUAACAACCCCUGUUUUGUUAAGAAUUAGAAAAUGAUAGAAGAGUAGGUCGUGCUUCUUUUUUUUGGUAGAAUGUCAGCUUAAUUUGUUCUAAAUGACUUUAUCAAACCUUAUUUUCUUUGAUUCUGAUAGGAAAACAACAUUUAUCACAGAUGAAAUAAUUGAAAGGUGUGUAUACAAAGUCAGAAUAUCAAUGCAGCUGUGUGCAUGAUUCCAAUGUAAAUCAUAAGACAGAACCCGUGGGUGGGGGUUACUGGGCCAAGGGGAGGGGGUUACUCUUUUGUAUAAGCUAGGUAGUCGCAGUGCCAAAAGGUGUGGUUUUUCUUAUAAUUCUUUGGGUUUAAAAUUGAGUGUAGAUUUUAGAGUUUAGGUCUGGAACCAGCCUCUGGGAUUACGUAUGUUUUCAAUAUUUUGUCUUUUCAGAAUGGCAAGUCAGUUCCAGACUUGGCUUGACUUUUCUUAAAUGUUAUUUCUUUUCAGUGGUGAUCAGUGCUUUAGUUGUAAUCUUGAGGCAGGCUCUGAAAUCCUGAGCAAGUAAGGAUGACACUGAUUGAAUUCCCACUUAAUAGAUCUACAUUCUUAUAUAUAAUAUCAUGUAGAAUAGCAAAAUUCCAGGUAUCAUUGUUAGCCUGAGAAAACAGCUGAAAUUUGUGACGCCACUGGUUUCUCUGUUUAAUGAUGUCCUAUAAACAAAGACAAUUGAAAAUUAAACGAGACUUACGUGGAAGUUGAAGGUUGAUUUGGAUUCUAUGAGUCAUCAACUGGGAGUGUAGAAGUUGUUAGCCCUGCUAGGAGACAAACUAAAGGAAAAUUAUUGCGAAUCAACUGAGGUCAAAAAAUUUUAACCUAAAUUUAAUUUUGACCGGUAACAUAUACCCAUGUCAACUGGUUUGCCUCGGGCCAGUAUGGAUUCUUAACCCUGGUAAGUUUGACUUGAAUUAUUUGUUUCAGACAUUUGCUCGGCCCCACUAGCAUUAGUGCUACAAAUACUGCCGAGGGUUAAUAACAGAGCUGUUAUUAUUAUUAUUAUUAUUAUUAUUAUUAUUAUUAUUAUUAUUAUUAUUAUUAUUAUUAUUGUUAUCAUGAUGUCUAUUUUUGGGUUGACAAACACAGUGCAUUGCAACAUUUCUUGUCAGUAAUCUGUACUGGUAAUCUUAAAGAGGGCAUAACAAUGGCUUAGCGCUUCUAAUUUUCCCCCAAUAUAAAUGUAGUAAUGUUCACUUUAUUGUGUCUGUAGGUAUCAAAAGGAGUGGGCUGAGCUUCAUGCAACAUCCAGAGAAUGUGCGACAAGAGCUCAGGUUUAUAAAAUUAUAUAAUUCAGGAAUAAACAGUGUAUUAAUUUACAUUCAGUACUAUGUGUCCUGUAUAAGUUUCUGUGUGGAAUAAAUUCCGCUUAUGACACAAAAUUUGAUUUUGUCUGUUGCCAUGUACAGUUAUUUGUGUAUUGCUCUUUUAAUCAUGUGUGAGGUGGCAAUUUCUAACUCUUUAAUAUGUGUCAUCUUAAAUACAAAUGUAGCAGAAAUUGAUUGUUCAUUUCAGGUACAAAAUCCAACAAUUUCCUAGAAUGGCAUGAAAACAUUGUAAGGCUGAAUAGUGGGUAUUAGGUGUGCAUUAAGUUACCAUGUCUGGUCAUUGUUUUUCCCUCUUUUCAAUAUAUAAUGUCCUUUUUUUGUUUUUGUUGUUCUAGAAUGCAGACCAGGUUAUUUUAGAGUUUUCCAAGAAAUGUACUGAACUUGAUACCUCCAUGACAGUAUUUCACAAUGAGCUGAGUCUCUUGCCAGAAGUUAUAAAGAACAUUGAAACAGCCAAGGCUGAUAUAGGUUAGAGUAGCCAUUCUAGUGACCAACAUCUUAUACUUGAUACUAAUAAUAAUGCGUAAGGUGAUGAGAAUAUUAUUUAAGGAUGUAAUAAUCACCACUUGAAAGAUGGACUGUUGAUUUGUGAACAAAUAAAAUUCUCACCAUCACAUACAGAAAAAAUUUUUUUCGACUAUGUGGAGAAUAUUCAAGUUGAUAUUUGUCAAGAGGCUUAGAAAAGGUAGCUAAAAUUAGAGAGCCUUGAACAUCCAAAACGGCAAAUUCACAAAUAUGAUUCUAGUUAAAUUUCCACUGUCUUAAAGGGACCUGCCACCCAAGGAUGGCAGCUAUUUGAAGUUUCUAUUCAUUUUAAUAGUUAGUAAAGUCAGCCUCACUAACCUUAACUUGAUCAAAGUUCGAAAGAAUUCAAAAUAUCUAGAGUCACAUUUGUGAGGCUGACUCAUAUAUUUAAGAAAAGAACAUCAAACUAGCAGUUUGGGUCUUUAUAGAUGCCCUGUACCUUUCACAAAAGGACCCAGCACAGCAAAACCAGAAACAGAUAUUGAAAGCCUGAAAAACUAAUUUUCAUUUUGGUGAACCACUCACUAAAACCAAAAAGCUAACCUAAAAUUAGUGAAAGUAGUGGUGCCCAAAUCUCUUAUGCUCCCCCGGUUAGGCAUUAGUAAAUACAGAGUUGUACCUUCUGUAACUAAUUAGCUGUUAUAUUUUAGACGCCAUUGGAGGCCAGAUAGAGGUUUUAGAUAACUUGAUGGUUGACUUAGAAGAAGUUUGUGAGCUGCUGGACUUGGAAAGAAGAAAAGCCGCCCAGGAACGCAAACUUUCCAUGCUAAGACACAACAGGGAGUGAGUUGUUUCUUUUUUUUCCCCCUAAAGUGAAUCUUAUACAGUAGUACAUCAUGUUUACAUAGUGUAGAAUGAAAGAGUUGAAGUAGUUGAAGUAGUUGAAGUGCUUUUUGUAGCUAAUUCUCGUCGUGUAGCUUGCAUCAAAAGAAGUUUGGAUAGCUGUCACGUGGCUACUCGUGUCGAAUGAAAUUUGUUGUUGAAAAUGCUCAUGGUGGACAUGAGAAAACUUACUAGGACCUUGCAACCAUGGUUAUCAUACUUCUCCACGUAUUUUACAUCUAAGUACAUUUAGAAUAUUCUUUGAAGUCCUUUCUUGAGACCAUCAAGUAUCAUGGCCACUUUUUUAUUUCUGUAUUUACAGCACACAACACUGCACAUGGAAAGGGAAAAUAGGAAAAUAUGGAAAAUAAAUGGUUUUUUCAGAGAAUGUGGACCACUUAUGGUGUAGCGCAUAGCACAGGUCAUUAAUUCUCACAAUAGAGAAAAACUGAGAAACGCCCCUGGGACCAGGGUUAGAAAUAAAAUAAUAAUACUUUUUUGGCUAGCUAAAUCAUGAAAUAAAUUUUAUCAUCUAUAUGCAUUAACACAUCUUUACUGUCCUGCUGUUUUUUCAGGGAUGACCUAGAAUUACUAAAAGGUGGGUAAACAGAUAGUUUUUAAACAUAAUGAUAACAGUUCUUUUUAUUAGAACUGAUAGGUUAUCCUGUUUAAAUAUUCUCAUUAUUAUUGUUAUUAUUAUUAUUAUUAUUAUUAUUAUUAUGAUCAAUUUUAAGAGGUAUCUUUCUGACUUAAUACUGGGAUGAUUUACCUUAUGAAAACAAUUUAAUUUUUUAGAGGAACUUCAGACAGAGAAAGAAAGAAAAGAAGUCCAACUACAACAGCUUGAGAGACAGGCUUCUAUAGAAAAACAACAAGUCUAUGAAGAUGCGUUCCUUGAACAAAUGAACUACUACAUUCAACAUGGCAAAACAGAAGGUAAUGUUUGUGAAGAAUCCUGAAUAGAAUUCUUGUUUCUUCAAACUUUACUGUAAAUUAUAAUUUGUUUUAAGCUACUGAAUAACAUUGUCAAAAAAACGUCUUUGAGUUUUGGGCUUGAUUUUGUAAGGGAUAUGUGCAGGUUCAGACAAUUUUUGCCACUGUACAUGUACUGUAAAAAUGUCACAAAGAAAAUUUCACAUCAUGCCAUGACUGCAGAUGCUCUUGUUGCUGUUACUCUCAUUUCCCUCUGACACACCCUAACCCAUUCCUGACGUUAAUCACUUUCACAGUAAUGCCCACUAAGAAGUCUAAGGUUCAAACUUGUCUUGACAUUAUGGGAUGUUAUGUAGUAGAAGUAAAAUUGUUCUUUGUGGGCUUCCCUCGGCUGCCUGUACCUAUUAGUGUGUAAAAUGACUGAAAGAUUACUUUUACUUGUAUUACCAUGCUUAAGAACCAAUCAGCUUGCUGCAUAGACGGAGUACUGGAUCCUUAGAUGAUAUCAUGUUUGAGGAUGACACAGACCUGCAUAAAAAAGAACUGGAUGAUUUUUUUGGCCCAGAGGCUGAGGUUAGUUAAAUAGUUGGUUAAUCAGACCAGCAGCCUGUUUUUCCCCAUUUUUUUAUGAAGGUGAAAUUACAUGAGUGUAACAAACUAAGCAAGAAAUGAGAAAUCAUCACUUUAUCAGCUCAUGAUGGAGCUGUCACUAAGAUUUCUUGUCACUGGGCAUAUGCCCUCAGUGGAGAACUGUUCAAAAAGCUAGGAAGUUUCUUAGGGUCUAUUUUCCUUUUGUUCCUAUGAAAGUACGCAUGGCAGUCAUGCUCAUAGUACCAGGGAAAAUCCCCUGCCCCCCAUCCCCUGGUGACAACCCUGUCAUGAGCUUACUGAUCUGGGCCAACUUCAGCUUUAAUCCUUGGUUAUCUGUUCAUAGGGUAUAUGAAUUAUCAUAUUUGUAAAUUACUCAGGAUUAGUGCUUCCAGCCCAGAAGAAGAAAGAAUGACUGCUUGAAGUUUACUGAGUCGUCUAGUGAUAAUGAUUUUUUUUUUAAAUUGAAUUACACUACAAUGGGCGACAAAAUUGUUGACACUGUCCUCGUGAAACAUAGGGUAACUUCGGAGAACAAAACAAUCCACACCCCUUCCCUCAAUUCAAAGUUGGGGUGAUUUUUGUUUUCUACACGGGUAGCUGGAACAGCGGUACAACAUUGCAAAUAAGGGAUGGGGGAUGGAAAGCUCCAUUGUAGCUUUUGAAGUUGGCAAAACGUCAGAAAAGCCCCUCAGGGCAAAGUUUUUCAACUAAUUUUGUUGCUGUUGUAGCUACACCUUUUUGUCGUUGUUUGGUUUUAGUCCAGUGAGGCACUCACAAUAGGAGAUAAGGACCAAAUUAAUGUGUUCUCAUCUGAGGAUGAUGAAUUACUGAAUGAUCGUGAUAAACAAUCAACUUCACAAGACACAACAGUAACGGAGACAGCUGAAGAAAUCAAGGUAUUCUGAUAAGUAAUAAUAAUUAAGUGAUAACAUCCUGUCCUUGCUUGAAUCUCUCAAUUCAUCCCCUAUGCCCGUUUUCAACAUAAAAUUUAUUCUUGUAAUGUCAGUGCUUAUUUGGAUUGGGUGGUCACAUGAAUUAAGAAUACAUGAUCAUGGUGAUGCAUGUUUUUUUUUUAAGCUAUAUUUUACAGAUAUAGGGAGUGGGGUGUGAAGACCAUUUUUAUUUUUAGAAGCAAAGUGACAUUUAAGCAGCAAAGGGACAUUAAAAUUUAGCACAUAACCUUUAUUCUCAAAUCAGCUUGGUACUGACCACUUUACCCUACAUGUAUUGCAGCACAGAUUAGUUAGAGAGGUGGUAUUACAUAAAAGUCAUUAGAGCACAUUAUUCUUACCACCUUUUCUUUAAAUAAAUGAGGAGAGAUAUACUUACUUAUGAUUAUCCAUGGUUGGCUCAAAUCAAAGUCAUCAAGGCCUGAUUUUAAAAAAAGUUGAUGGUAGAUGCAUGUUCUUUUUCAUUUUGUCAUGCACUGAAUAUUAUUGUUGUUGUAAUGUGAACUGAAGUGCUUUAAAGGAGUGCUAUGUUCUUAUGGAGAAUUGUAUUGCCUAUUUGAGUUAAUUUGAAAUGGGCAUUUCAGAUUAACUAUUUCAUGAAAAAAUUGUUCUGUUUUUAGAAGGACGUGAGGAAAGGUGAAGAAUCUUGA